AUGACAUCUAUCUAUCUAUCUAUCUAUCUAUCUAUCUAUCUAUCUAUCUGUCUGUCUACAGGCGCCCGUUGCCUUGUUCUUCUCCGGAAGUUCGCCAUUUCUUUCUACCGACUCCCCGGCUCAUUUUGGUAUCCUUUCCAUUUCUUUUCUUUGUGCGCUCCAUCUUCCGAUCCGAUCACCAUUCCUCCUUUUACACUUGCUCCUUCUUUCCAGAAAAAGGGAGCUGACAACUGCCUCCACUUUCUUUUCAUUCUUCCUUUUUCUCUUUUCUUUGUUCGCUUUUCCUUCCAACGGAACUUCUUUUUUGACACCCAUAUUUCUAUUCACUUCUUCUUCUUCUUCUUCUUCUUCUUCUUCUUCUUCUUCUUCUUCUUCUUCUUCUUCUUCUUCUUCUUCUUCUUCACUAUUCUUUUCUGGCAGUACGUCACUUCUCUAUCUAAAACUUUUCUUUUCUCUUUUCUUUCAAUCCUUUUUCAAUGUUUCCUCUUUAUUUUCUCUUUUCUUUUUCAUUCUUUCUUUUUCUCUUUUUUUAUUCACUUUUCCUUCCAACGAAACUUCUUUCUUGCCACCCUUAUUUAUCUUUCCUUAUCACCUUCUUCUCCUCCUCCUUCUUCUUCUUCUUCUUCUUCUUCUUCUUCUUCUUCUUCUUCUUCUUCUUCUUCUUCACUAUUCUUUUCUGGCAGUAAUUCCUUUAAUUCUUCUUUUUCUCGUCUUUCGUUAUUUUUUUCUGGCAGUACAUCACUUUUUCCUACAUUUUCUUCUUUUUCUUCAUUUUUCUUUUCUUUCCUUUCUGUUAGUAUUUCUCUUUUGUCUUCUACUUGUUUUUCGUUAUUUAUCUCUCUUUCCUAUCAGUAUUUCUCUUACUUUAUCCUCUUUUUCAACAAUUUUCUUUCUUCUCAUUUCUGUUUCUUAUUUUUCUCAUUAUUCAUUUCUCCCUCUUCUGGCAGCACUUAUCUUCUUCCCUUUCUCCUUUUUAGUUAUUCUUUUUCUAGCAGCACUUGCUUUUCAUUUUACUUUUCUCUCUUUCUAUUACUAUUUUUCUUUUUUUUUUUCCUUUAUUAUUUUUAA